AUGGCCAAGUCCAAAUCUGCCAAGCGCAAGCGCAAUGCACAAGUCGACCUUCCACAAAAACUCCCAAAGGCCGACUCUUCCACGCUAACGCCGCCUCCCGAUGGCUCAACUCUUGAGCCCAAACACCUCAAAACGGUCGUCUCAGAUGAGGAGCUCGACAUCACCAUCGAGACGCUCACGACUCUCGCACAAUACCCUAGCCUGACCAAAUCAAAGGCAUGCAAGGACCUCCGAGUCGCAGUCUAUGACUUCCGCCAGGCCUGUGCCACGGGCCUCAACACUGCUGAGGGUGCCAACCUGACAGCACGAAUAACCGGUGCCCUGGUCGAUCAGAAAUACCUUGAGGCCAAGAUCCUGCUCGCUGAGAUGAGGAUCCGGGGCGAACAACCCAAGAUUGGAGCCUUAUGUCGCUGGGUGCGAGAUCUGGACGUCGUCAGCGGCCUAUCAACACAGCCCGAAGCUUUCAAUCGUGUCCCUCUUGAGCGCAGCGCAAGGGACAUGGAACUCCUCGGCGUCCUCGAUGCCACCCUGCGUGUCAGCACCCCGAUUGACACCAACCCGAACGCCAUCGACUCAACCUCUCCAAUUGCCUUCCAGUCCAUCUGGGACCUCCGCCCCUCGACGGCACCACUCCAAAUCUACGCUUCGGUCCUCGACAAAUCUAUCCUGGCCGAGGCGCCGAAGUCCCCCUCCGUCCUCCGCAUCAUCGACCGCACCCCCGGCCCACUCCGCAAACCACCGAACCAUCAUCCCGCCAUCCUCUACACUACCGCCCCGAACGCUGUCCCACUGGCUCCCAUCAGCCCUUCCAUAACAUAUCAUCCACAUCCCGCUGUGCCAGGCCUCGGCCUCGCGCUGAAUGUACUUUCCGCCGCCGAGUGCAAGGCAAUCAUUGCUGCCGGCGAAUCCGUCAAUUUCCUUCCCGACGCGCCCCUCCGCGAAGAUGGGGAUAUGAGCAUCCUAGCCCACAAUUUUUAUUGGGUAGUCGAUACCACUUUCCAUGACAUGCUCUGGGCGCGAAUCUCCCCUUAUGUGCCGCCCUCGAUCAAUGGUCGCCUAGCCAGAGGCAUCAAUCGGCGCUUUCGCGUGUACAGAUACGUCCCUGGCGCCGAGUACCGGUGCCAUAUUGACGGAGCUUGGCCACCAUCCGGUAUCCUCCCCGAUGACACGUACGUGUACGACUCCUCGCCCGAAGGAAAGAAGCAGAGCUCCAUGUACACCUUCUUACUAUAUCUCAACGACGAGUUCGAGGGCGGAGAGACGACUUUCUUUAUGCCAGCCGCGCGAGAGGGAACCCUUAAUGCAUACCCUGUGAGCCCUGUGAUGGGAGCCGUUGCGAUAUUCCCGCACGGUGAGGCGAAUGGGGCCCUACUACAUGAAGGGACAGGAGUGAGGAAGGGCGCAAAAUAUAUUAUCAGAACUGACGUAGAGUACGACGUUAAGCCUUGCGAAAAGUGA